AUGGUCGUACUAAGGACUGAGAAGGAUAAUGAGGUAGUCAUGAUUGGAGAACGCCAGAAUUACUUAUCUAAUGUGAUCUUUGUACUGGUGGCAGAGAAAAUGGUCCGUAAGGGAUGUGAGGCAUUCUUGGCUUACACUGAGUUGGGCGAGCUACGUGUUAUGGGUCCUGAGUUAGUAUUGGAGACUAAAGAUAAGGUUAGACUGAUUCGGGAUCAUUUGAAAAUGCCAUCAGAUAGACAUAAAUCCUAUGCGGGUCUAAAGCGUCGAGAGAUUGAGUAUUCCGUGGGGGACUUCAUGUUCCUCAAGGUCUUGCCAUGGAAGAAGAUUCUGAGGUUUGGUCGUAAGGGCAAGUUGAGCUCUAGGUUUCUGAAACGAGUGAGACUGGUCACUUAUCAAUUGGAGCUGCCUCUAGAUUUGGAUCAGAUUCUUGACGUGUUUCACGUCUCUAUGUUGAGGUGCUACCUCUCUGAUCCUACACAUAUUGUUCUAGUGGAGGAGAUUAAGCUUAGGCCAGAUUUGACCUUUGAGGAGGAGCUGAUUCAGAUACUGGAUCGAGAGGUAAAUGUUAUGAGGAGGAAAUCUAUCCCUCUGGUGAAGAUUCUGUGGCGUAACCAUUGUACUAAUGAGGCAACGUGGGAGCCUAAGGAUGCAAUGUGUCAGCAGUAUCCUUAUUCGUUCUGA